AUGUUUUCGCUCAAGGCAUGGAUUCAAAUCUUGGGGUACCCGUUGAAAUACAUCUACACCAUCUUGGUGUUCCCCUUUAGUGGCGGCACGUUCCCCGGGAAAUACCAGACCUCGCUCCGGCAGACGCUCAAGCUCUUGAAGUACCGCGCGGGGCUAUCAUUGCCGAUAACAGACGCCUGGAUCUUGUCGCGGUCAACGUCGCUCGAGAUCAUCCACGGCGUCGCGCGGUCUCAUCCUCACCUAACGCGAAACUUGAACAAUUUCGGCAAGAGCUAUGAUGAUCAGAGCUAUUGGCUUGUGGAAGCGCCGCAUCGCGGGCCGCACGAUCCGAUUAUAGUCUAUUUGCACGGGGGUGGAUUCGUGCACCAGACGAAGCCGCAGCAGGUUGAAACGGUGCUUGCUAUAUACCACUUGCUAGACGAGGCUCAGGGUGCUCGCACGUCGAUCUUGCAUUUGGAUUACAAGUUGGCGUGCCACGGGUACACCGUGCCGACGCAGCUUUACCAGUUGCUGGACGUCUAUGAGAAAUUGACGGUGCGCGAUGGCAAUAGCAAUAUUGUGUUGAUGGGCGAUUCAGCUGGAGGAGUGUUGGCGGUGCUGUUUCUCCAAUACCUCAAACGCCAUCCUCCAGCUCCGUCACCGUCGUCAUCUACCCCGGAUGGGAUCACGUGGCCCGCGGCGUUGGUGUUGAUUUCCCCCUGGAUGAAGAUCUUUGCCGACGCGUACCAGUUCCAGCCAGGGUGGUCGAUCUACGACAACAAGGACCGCGACAUUGUGCCGUAUCGGCCCCACACCGAUACCGGCAGAAGACGCGGGAUAUUGGGGGAUUACUUGAGUGCAGCAGAUCUAUUGAUAUCUCCCGGUAAUUUGAAAUACAACGUUAGACACUGGUACGAUAUCCCCACGUUGAACCAAAACUCCGUGUUUGUAAUCUUGGGGGAACACGAAGUUUUCGUAGAUGACAUUUUGGAAUGGUGUCGUGUCGCUUUACCUGGAUGUGACUUAAAGAGACCCAGAGCUAAAAAUGACGCUGUGUUUGACCAACUGAUUCACGAGUACAGGAAUGAGCAAGGAAAUGGCCAUUUGGUUGAUGUGGUAAUCGAACCCUGGGGUGUUCAUGUUGGCAGCUUAUUUUUCGAAAAUGUUGUUAGUCAGCGGAUCAAGAAGGAUGAGUUUGUACAAGCGCUGGAUUUAGACCGCGAUGAGUUUUUCGGGGUGGUUCGUAUUGUGGAGUUUUUGAACCGCACAUUGUGA